UAGCGAUCCGCCGCGAGGAUCAAUCAGUAUGGGAACGGCGAGCCUCCUUUAGCCCGGCUAUAGUGAAAAAACUGAUUAAGCUGGGUGUCAAGGUGAUAGUUCAACCAUCCAAUCGUCGUGCAUACCCAAUGCAGUGAUAACAGCCAUGGCGCUUGUCAACAACUGAUGGACAAUCGUUUUUGGUAAUUAAUACGCACAUAAAUCAUCUGACGUUGUACAAAUAUCAGCACUUGAUAAACAAACAUUGAUAACGAAAUGAGAGAAAAGUUUAAACAAUGUUUGUUGAUAAGCUUGAUCGCGCCUCCAUGUGAGUUACCUGAGCGCUGGUGCUACAGUUCAGGAGGACAUUAGCGAGGCAUCGAUCAUUUUUGGUGUUAAGCAAGUUCCGGUUGAUGCUCUGAUUCCUCAGAAAACUUAUUGCUUCUUCUCACAUACCAUCAAAGCACAAGAGUCCAAUAUGCCAUUGUUAGAUGCUUGUUUGGAGAAAAACAUUCGCUUGGUAGAUUAUGAGAAGUUGAUGGAUCGCAACGGACUACGACUAGUUGCUUUCGGAAAAUAUGCAGGAGUAGCCGGCAUGGUCAACAUAUUACACGGUCUAGGCUUACGACUGUUAGCUCUCGGACAUCACACUCCUUUUAUGCAUGUUGGUCCAGCACACAACUACCGCAAUUCAUCCAUGGCUCGACAAGCUGUUCGGGAUUGUGGUUAUGAGAUUGCCCUUGGCAUGAUGCCAAAGUCAAUUGGACCGCUGACAUUUAUUUUCACCGGGUCCGGAAAUGUUUCUCAAGGUGCACAAGAGGUUUUUCAAGAGUUACCAAUUGAAUUCGUUCCACCAGAGAGUUUACGAAAGGUCGCCGAGCAUGGAAGUCAGAACAAACUUUACGGCUGUGAAGUAAGCCGCGCUGAUCAUCUCGAAAGAAGCGAAGGCGGAGGAUUCGACCCAGUAGAGUAUGAUCAAUACCCUGAGCGUUACAUUUCAACAUUCAACAAAAAGAUAGCGCCCUAUGCUUCGGUUAUAGUGAAUGGCAUCUAUUGGGCUGUAGGAUCACCGAAGUUGAUGACCAUCCCAGAUGCUAAAAAUCUCCUGAGACCAGCCAAUACACCAUGGCUACCAACAAGUCGAGGUGCCCCAGCUCUUCCCCAUCGUAUGCUCGCUAUCUGUGAUAUAUCCGCAGAUCCUGGUGGUUCCAUUGAGUUCAUGAACGAAUGCACAACGAUCGACACACCAUUCUGUUUAUAUGACGCUGAUCGAAACAAGGAUCAGAAAAGCUUCAGCGGUCCCGGAGUAUUAGUAUGCUCGAUAGACAACAUGCCCACACAGCUGCCCCGAGAAGCUACCGAUUUCUUCGGAGAUCUUCUUUAUCCGUAUGCAUUGGAUAUUCUUCAAAGCGAUGCGUCCAGACCUCUUGAAGAACAUAACUUCUGCCAACCGGUAGAAGGCGCCAUUAUCUGCAGCAACGGCAAACUGACACCAGCCUAUGAGUAUAUCAAUGAGCUCAGAGAAGCUAAUUAUCGAUCUCGACACAAAACAGAAGGUAGCUGCACGUAUAAGAAACGAGUACUUGUUUUGGGGGCAGGAUUUGUUUCGGCUCCCCUCGUUGAAUAUCUACAUCGUGAGUCUAACGUCAGUAUUAAGGUAGGAUCUCAAAUCAAAGAAGAAGCAGAUCGGUUGGCUCAUCGUUACCAAGGAAUAGAGUCCGUUUACAUUAAUGUUGAAGACGAAAGUGCAAAUUUACAACAUUUGUGUGAAGAAAGUGAUGUUGUUGUGUCUCUGCUACCGUACUCCUUGCACGGAUUAAUUGCCAAGCAUUGCGUUGCUGGUAAAACACAUUUAGUUACGGCUAGUUACUUGAACGAUGACAUCAAGGCAUUGCACGAGAGCGCCAAAGAUGCAGGAGUAACUCUGAUGAACGAGGUCGGAUUAGAUCCUGGUAUCGAUCACCUGCUUGCAUUAGAGUGCAUUCAGGAGGUUCAAGAAAAGGGUGGUGUUAUUGAAUCCUUCGUUAGCUUCUGCGGUGGAUUGCCUGCCCCUGAACAUUCCGAUAACCCCCUGCGGUACAAGUUCUCCUGGUCUCCACGAGGAGUGCUACUUAACACACUAUCUGCUGCUAAAUACUUGAGCAAAGGACAGAUCGUUGAGAUCUCGGGUGGUGGAGAUUUGAUGACUGCGCUUAGAGAUUUGGAAUUCUUGCCGGGAUUUGCAUUGGAAGGCUUUCCAAAUAGAGAUUCUACAAAGUAUCAAGACUUAUACGGGCUUUCGAACGUCCAUACCCUGUUGAGAGGAACCAUUAGAUACAAGGGAUUUUCGGAGUGUAUUAAGCCAAUGCAACUUCUUGGACUAAUCGAUCCCAACCCACAUCCCAUGUUGCACCAGAAAGGGCCUGAGAUCACAUGGCGACAGAUGAUCAUAAAUCUUCUUGGUUUGACCGAUACCGAUAUGUUUUAUGAGAAUUUGAAGACUAAGCUGGCAGAACGUGUUGGCAAUACCGAUGUCAUUGAAGAACUGGGUUUACUAGAAGAUGCCCCAGUGGUUAAAAUGGGAACUCCGCUAGACACACUCAGCCACUAUCUAUCUCAAAAAUUAGCAUUUAGUGAACAUGAGCGUGACUUGGUUGUUCUGCGACACGACGUCGGAAUUCGCUGGAAAGAUGGACGACGAGAGCAUCGUGGUAUCAACCUAGUUGCAUAUGGACAACCCGCCAUCAAUGGAGGACACUCAGCGAUGGCAGUAACUGUAGGAUUCCCUGCGGCUAUUGCAACAAAAAUGAUUCUAGAUGGCGAAAUCCAGCAACGAGGAGUUGUUCUUCCUUUCACUUCCGACAUCUACAGACCUAUGCUGGCGCGACUAGAAAACGAAGGACUUGCUGCCAUUACGACAUCAAAGAUUCUAUAGAUAGUUUUACGGAAGAAAAUUUAAUAUUUACUGAAAAUUGAUUCUUCUUUCGCGAUAUUUGAGGAUUGGUGUCAAAGAAUGAUCAUAACCAAACUUUUCGAAACCAGAUUGGUUAAAAUCCAGAUGAUUGAAACAUGUAAACCAUUUUGUCGUGAAUGUAUUUAUUUUUUUAACCAUCUUGUUUUCAUUUCUUCAGUCAUAUUCAUAAAUUCAUCUAUUACCCUAA